GACAAAUUUCGCGAAUUUCACAAAAUGACAAAUUGAGUCAACCAGCUGUGUGAUUUCUAAAAAAUUGCGUCUUAUUUGUAAUUUAUUCCUGUCCUAAACUUUCAUUUGUAGUUACAUUUCGUUGAAAAUUCAUAUAGUUACAAAAACUAGUGGUGAAAAUGGCGUACGCCUACCUUUUCAAAUAUAUCAUUAUUGGCGACACAGGUGUUGGAAAAUCAUGUCUGUUGUUGCAAUUCACGGACAAAAGAUUCCAACCUGUUCACGACCUUACAAUAGGAGUAGAAUUUGGAGCCCGUAUGAUCACUAUUGAUGGAAAGCAGAUCAAACUUCAGAUAUGGGACACAGCUGGUCAAGAGGCAUUCAGAUCAAUCACAAGGUCCUACUACCGGGGCGCGGCGGGUGCUCUCCUAGUGUAUGACAUCACACGGCGGGAAACAUUCAACCACCUCACGACCUGGCUUGAGGAUGCACGCCAGCACUCCAACUCCAAUAUGGUCAUCAUGCUCAUUGGCAAUAAGAGUGAUUUGGAAUCACGCCGUGAGGUGAAGAAGGAGGAGGGCGAGGCGUUCGCGCGGGAGCAUGGCCUGGUGUUCAUGGAGACCUCGGCCAAGACUGCGGCCAAUGUGGAGGAAGCCUUUAUCAACACCGCCAAGGAGAUCUAUGAGAAAAUACAGGAGGGAGUCUUUGAUAUCAACAAUGAGGCGAACGGCAUCAAGAUUGGGCCGCAGCACUCGUCUGGCGGCGGCGCGGCGGCGGGGGGCGCGGCGGCGGGCGGCGCGGCGGGCGGCGGCUGCUGUUAGGUGCUGACCUGCACACACUGAGGGGGAUCGGCUGGGGAGGAGGGGUGCAGCUGUGUGCAACGAACAAUGGUACGAAAACGCCGGAUUAUUAGAUUAUUUUGUAUGCUGCAGUAUAGCUUGUAUCUGAACUCGUAUAUUAUACUAUGCCACUCGGGCGUUAUCAUAGUAAUUCAGUCUUAAUCCAUUUAACGUGGAGAAUCUUGUCUUCUUAUAAGAUGCCAGAUCUUUAUACUGAUGUUUGGGAGGUGCUAAAACUUUGCUUCGAGUCUGCAUUUUGAUAGUCAUCACUUGGGCAUCAUUUUCAUAAUUUUAAUCCCAUUACAUAUAUAGUGGCAUUAAAACUUUAAUAAUUAGAUAACAUCCUUACGCGUUAGAACACCGGUUCAUACUCAUACAGCAUGACCCUAAUUAGUAUAAAUUAAGGUUACUUUUGACCAAGGUAGGGUACCAUGGAGGACAAAAGCUGUUUGCAGUAUAAACUUGAUUAUCCAUGAUUAAAUGGUUCUUUCAUGGUAUCUUUACUUACGUGGGUGACAUAGCAGUAUGUUAUGUAUAUGAUAGAUCCUUCACAAAUGAAGCUCUUGUAUUUUGUGUGUAUGUAAAUUAGUGUCAAAUUGUUUCGCAGUUUUUCUCAUUGGGCAUUUAUUUCGAUGUACAUGCAUGUCUGUAUCAAUCACAUAGUACAUAAAAUAUUGAUGUUGUUUAAUUCUAAUUUUAUUUUUGUCGAUCUAUAUGGAAACAGAGGGAAGAGAAUGGUUGAGCAUUGAUACAUUUUGCUUGUAUACAUCAAUAAAUCAAGUAUUUAAAGAAAAUAUUUUACCGUUUUAAAGUUUUUUAAUUGAGAUCUCUGUAAAAAUGGAAAAUUUAUGUUAACAAAGUAUAUAAAAUAUAUUUUAUUAUUUUAACUUCUGAAAAUGUGAUUAUUUUGUUACCUCGGACCUUUUAUACCUUGCAUUGUAAGAUUAUCCUUUCACUUAAUACAAAUCUUUAUAAUAAUGCAGUUUAUGCUUUAGGUGAUGGCCUAUUUAAAUUUAUUUGCACAAGAAAAACAUGGAUUGAACUUACCCAGGUCUUUCAGAUUGGAAUUGUAAUCUAAAGGGAAUGCUUGCAAGGUAAUGAAAGACAUGAUUACAAAUAGGUUAUUUUUAAGUUUAGCACAUUGUAAUAUGAUAAAAUAUUUUGUAAGGUUACAAUAUGCAAACACAUUUGUAAGGUGUAAUUCAUUAAAUGUUAAAACCAAUGAAA